AUUUAAGAAUAUUUGGAAUACCUCGGAUUUUAGUGGCAACAACAACAACUUUCAAAACAAGGAAGUAUUGGUCGUAGGUAAAGAGAUGUGAUAGUUAAGACAUAGAUGCAGGACAAGCUUCAGUUUCUAAACAUUUUGCAAGUAGGAUGAGUGGGCAACAACUGGUUGACUCGUUAAAGAGUCUUCAAUUUCCCAAUGCUGAAUCUCUUGAACCUCAGGCUUUAGACUGGAUGUUCGAAAAUGAGGCGGUGUCACCAAUGCUGGAAUGGUUCUGCCAUAAUAUUAGUCCAGCUAAUAUACUACAAAAGAAAGAGACAGAUGAAUAUCAGAAACUGUCACAGACUAGUGAAGUUAUAUUAAAGGGGAGACAUCUUGAUGAAGCUUUGAGUAAUUUGAAUUUUGUAGAGGAUGAAUCUGUGACAGAGGAAAGUUUAAAGGAAGAAAUAGAUCAGUUAAAUGCGAAUCUUCAACACUACAAGAAGCAGAAAUCUCAAUUAGGAAAAAGAAGAAAUUUGUUAAGCAAUCACCAGGCUUCACUCACUCAUCGUGUUUCAAAGAUGAAUACUGUAGAUACAAAAGUGAAACAAGAUUAUAAAGCAGCUCUUGCACAUACACAUACAGUGAAUGCACAGAUGAAUGAAAGUUUAGAAAAUCUCACAAAAUCAGUCACAGAAUUAAGUCAUCUGUACAGAAUUCCUGGUACUGAGAAGAAUGAUAACUCUUCCAUUGUUGGACAGAGUUGUCUCCCUGGUCAGACAGGUCCUCCAGUAAUGUUUCUGUCUCAAGUACCAAUCCAACAAUACUACAGUGCAGAGGAAGCAUUCACAACACAACUUACAGCUUACACUAAAAAACAGUUCUUCCAGGGAAUAGCAGAGAUGGCAAGUUGUGGGGAAGAUUCAAGGUUUGAAAUUUUAGAAGUUAGUGAUCCAGACAGCUUAUUAGUGAGAGGAGAAAGUGCUGAUGUUAAUAUAAAAGACUGUAAAGAGCUAGCAAGAUUACAAAGCUUGUACAUAAAGAGUGAGACAGAUAGAGUGAAAUCUCUGCUGGAAAUGAAGAAGUUAAAAUCACAGAAACAGUCUGCACAGGGCAUCCUAGAAUCAUUGAAAACUGGUACAUUCUCCACAGAUCACGGGAAAAACAAAGAAAGAUUACAGAAGCUUCAUUCCUCUAUUCAUGCAGUGCGGGGAGAUUUUCACGAGCUGGGUGAAAAUGAAGUACCCAAACUUAUACAAGAAUGUAAAGAUGCCAAGGUUCUGCGAGUAUUGACCGGAGAUUACAAUUUAAAACUGGCUAGACAAGAUUAUUUUACAACCAACCAAGAUAAGGUGAUAAAUGAGUUGGUAAAGCAGAGAUCUAGGAAUGAGUUUGUUACCAUGGCAUUAGAGGUGGAGUUACGACGACAUAGGGAACUUCAUCAUGUUCUUACAUCUCUCCAUACACAGUUACACAAACAACAUGUACAAUAUCAGGCCAGAAUGAGUGUUAUGUCUGAUAACUCAUUAACACCUGCCAGACAUAAAAGGGAGACAAUUGAUUCAAGAGAUAAAAGUGCAGCAAGGUUAUAUAACUGUUUAGAUGAUGGUAAGGAGGUGUCAGAGAAGCAGUUGUUUCUAACAUACGCAUCACUUGUACAUAAUGCGGAGAGUCUCCAGCAUAGACAUAACAGUUUGUUACAGACCCUUGAGUCAACCAGUAAUACAGGUCUAGAUAAUGUCAACAUCCUUGAACACAAAGUGUGGGCAUGUGAGGAACUGGUUUAUGCUGGAUCCAGUACAACAAGUGGUCAACCUCUACUGACCCCUAGACCAAUACAAGAAAACAUCAUACAGUUACAAAACUUGCUGAAACAGUUAGAACAAGGCAUCAUGGAGGUGGUCAAAGAUAUUGAUAAUAAGAAAAAGUUGUUAAAGAAUGACACAUUGCUGGCACGAGAGAGGAAGAUUUUCACGUAUUUUUUUACAAAUCCAAGUAAACUACAUAAAUGUCUCGAGGAUCUCUCCUCACGAUUACAAGCUGAAUCUCAUAUGGACCAAUCAGAACAAAGAUAACAUCAGCAUUAGUUGUUUAAUAUCUAUGAUCACAGGGACCAAUCAGAAUAAAGAUAUCAUAACCAUUAGUUGUUUAAUAUUCAUGAUCACAUGGACCAAUCUGUAUCCAGAUAGCAAUAAUUGUAUGAUAUUGUUAAUAUUGUGGUCCAAUCAGAAUCCUGUUAAAACUAGAUAUUUUAUAUUCUAAAUAGUAUAUCAGAUAGAUUUUGAUUUGAAAUAUUAUGGUCCAAUUAGUCCUAGUUAAUGUAUUAAAUUUUCUUAUUUAUAUUGACCAAUUGGAUUUCAUAUAGCAAUAGUUCUUUAGUAUUAUGCUAAUUAGUUGUUACGGAACUGAUUAAAAUUGUUUUCAAUCAUGGAUAAAAUGUUUUGCAUUUAAUACAUAUGAUGUAUGUUUUAAAUGAUUUAAAUCAGAUUCUUGCAUUAAAGCUCUUUCUGCUUAAGAUGAAAUUUGAAGCAUUGAAAAUAUUAUAUCUAAAACAGA